CUUCUCCAGGGUCCCACAGCAGGCCUGCCCGCUUCACUUUCAGGUUUCUCGCAGUGCCUUCCUGCUCCUCUCUGCUUCCCCAUCCUGACAGUUUUCCAUUUUCCUGUUUUCCUUCCUGGCUGGUGGCAGUGGGGGCUGUGCCCGGUGGGCCCCGUGGAGAUGCUCAGUGCUUGGAAUCGCCGGGACCGGCCCCCUGAAGAGGGGGCAGCUGCGGGGCUCCAGGGCUUCACCGUGGACAGGACGUUCCUCUCGUCCCUCAAAGGCAUCCUGCUGGAAACUGAGCUGGCCCUGACCUUCAUCAUCUUCGUCUGUUUCACGGCCUCCAUCUCCGCCUACAUGGCUGCUGCGCUACUGGAGUUCUUCAUCACACUAGCCUUCCUCUUCCUCUACGCCACCCAGUACUACCAGCGCUUCGAUCGGCUGAACUGGCCCUGUCUGGACUUCCUCCGCUGUGUCAGCGCCAGCAUCAUCUUCCUGGUGGUCUCCUUUGCGGCUGUGACCUCCCGGGACGGAGCUGCCAUUGCUGCUUUUGUUUUUGGCAUCAUCCUGGUUUCCGUCUUUGCCUACGAUGCCUUCAAGAUCUACCGGACUGAGAUGGCACCCAGGGCCACCCAGGGGGACCAGUAGUGAUACUGGGGCUACCUGGCUCCUGAGCCCAGCCAGAAAAGGGGGACAGCAGAGCCCAGACACGUCUCC